AACCACCAAAGCAAUUCUCCAGACUCAUCACCAUUCUUGAUGCAGCCGAUUAUGGUGGUGUCAUCAGCAAACUUAUUGAUGGUGUUGGAGUGGUCACUGGCUGCACUAUCAUAUGUGAACACUGGCGAUGGCUGUGACUUCCUUAAAACGACACAGUGGUUGGAUUCCGUGAAAGUGGCUAUGAACUUGACAAAAAGUGGUUUUCAUAGAGAUCUUAUAUACACUGUCCAGUUUGGUGCUCCUUUCCCAGAGGAUUUCGAGGCUCUUCUGGUUCAGAAUGUAUCCAGUGGGGUGUACAUGGACGUUUACCAGUUGCAAACCUUGAGAAAAGAUGCAGGCUUGCAUGUGCUACUUGACUCAGAGGUGGAUCUAGAGGCACCAGCCUAUGAAUCGCCUGGUUUUACUGCCUUCAUCUAUCCUCGGCCAGAUCCUACAACUCCAGGGCAUCUCACUGCAACAGUGCCCAUUCAUGGGCGUUAUCACAGGCCAGGACCAGGACCAGGAACACAUGUACAGGUGGAAAUAAAGUAUACCAAACUGCUACUAAAGUCAGACUCCUGUGAGCAUGGUAAACUACCCUUUUCCAAUCUCCCUUACAAGAUUGUGUAUGGGCCUUGUUCAGUACACAAUGUAAGCAUUUGUUCAUGGAUUGAGAUCGAACAUUUGCAGGUGCCACAAUCAUUGGCUAUGGACUUACCUGUUGGUGACAAGUCUCUGCUAUUUCUUGUUUGUGGUGGGACUCUGUGUGUUACAAUUCUGUGUAACCUUAUUCUCACAGCAACCAUCUGGAAACAUGGCAUAUUCGAGUUCCCCCCAUGACCCUGACCUGUCUCUGGUCAUGUCCAUGAAUUGUUUACAAACUGAUAAAUGCUGUUAUUUUGGAAUAAAUAUGGAAUGAUUUAACAUUU